UUCAGCUACCCCAUCAAACUACCUGUUUUUAGGAAAUAUUUAAUCAGAUUUUAAAUUAAAACAAUGAAAGCGUACGUAUUUGUAAAUAAUAAAAUAACAAGACAUUUUAUUGGCUCCAUUAAAAAUCCCUCUGAUCUCCUGCAAGUGACUGAGGAUUUAUCUUGACAAAUUUUAUCAGCUGUUUUACCUUGAUAAAAUCGCCAAGGUAACCAAUACAAAAUGAUAAAGCUGUGAUCUGCAUGACAACACUCACACCAAUAUUCCUUGAUACGAAUUACUCUGUCAACUCAUUUAGCUGGUGAAAAUCGAAGAGCACACAUUCAAUUUACGAAACCUUAACAAAGAAAUACAUUUCAGAAAUAUCGGAUUGAUUGGAAAUGUCAGAAGAAGUGAGGAAUUUGGAUCUCGACAACAAGUUGGGUGAAGGACGCUAUGGUAUCGUAUGUAAAGGUAUAUGGCGUGAAAAAUCGGUGGCCGUCAAGCGAAUUCAAUUAAUUCAUAUCGCAAGCAACACACAAGGAGAAGAAGCGUUGCAGGGACUUGAUCACUCGAAUGUAAUCAAAUUGUUUCACGCCGAGAGUGACGCAAAUUUCAGAUAUUAUUAUCUUGAAUUGUGCAACGCUUCUUUGGAAAAAUUAUUUUUGAAAGACGGGCACAAGAAUAAAUACCGUGGGCCGAUGCCCCCAUCGCUAACGGCCCUUUAUCAAUUAGCUGUCGGACUGGAAUAUAUUCACAAAAUGGGACUGGUGCAUCGCGACCUCAAACCUGAAAACGUCCUCAUCUGGCAAGAUCCCAAAAAGGAAACGUUUUAUUGAAAUGGGCUGAUUUUGGACUGUGUAAACCAGUGAAUGAGCGAGGGUCUUACUCUAUGAGCGGAGUCAGAGGUACCUUUGACUGGUUAGCACCUGAAAUUCUGAACUUAUUUUGUGACGACGAAUUGAGCCAGUCUGAAAGUGAAACAACAUCAACAGUUAAACGAGGCACCAUCCAAAGUGAUGUGUUUUCAGAAGGCCUCGUCUUCGGCUACUUCCUACUAGAUGGCCGUCAUCCUUUCGGUUUGCGUCAUCAAAUUCAUACCCACAUACUUGAAUAUAAACCAGUUAAUCUGGAUAGUAAGUUUUUUUUUCAAAUUGAAAUAACCUUUAAAAUAUGACGAAAUAAAAUCAAAUUGCUUCAA